UGAGGUUCGUCUAGACAAAAGGAAACGAUAAUGAAUUUGAUCCAGUGUGUAUGUCGUUCAGCAGCUUUUGCGAUAAAUUCUUGUGCUCGCCACACAAUUUUAUGCUUGCUUCUUGCCUUGACAAUAACCGGGCAGGUACUCGCAAAUCGGAGUCACCUACACUAUCCCGUUGUCCUGGUCCCUGGUAUAAUUGGAAGUAGAGCAUACGUCAAACCAAGAGGAGAAUUGGAUGCACCAUUUAGACAAAUAUGGCUUAACAUCAGCAGUUUACUUCAUCCGAGAAACCUCACACGGGAGUUUGGGUUAACCUACUUGAACACAACCAAUCGAUCAUACGAUAACGAGGAGUUUGAAGUUACGUUUCCCGGCUGGGGGGACACUACGAAUUUGGAAUUUCUGGACGAAUCACAGAAAUUGAUUGGCCAAUACUUCAAUCGGCUUGUGGAGAGACUGCUUAAAACGCAGUUUUACCAUAGGAACAUCAGCAUUCGAGGAGCUCCGUACGAUUUUCGCAGGGCCCCACAUGAAAAUAUAAACUUUCUGAGUGAAUUCAAAAACUUAAUUGAGGAAACUUAUGUCCAGAACAAGAAGAAAAAAAUUGUCAUCCUCGCUCACAGCUUGGGCACGUUGUAUUCUCUUUAUUUCCUACAUUCUCAGUCGAAUGAGUGGAAAAGAACUUACCUGGAAGCUUUCGUGUCUGUCAGUGGUCCUUAUGGUGGAAGCGCGAGAGUUAUGGCCGCCUUCGCAAGUGGCUAUAAUCUCGGUGUUCCUUUUUACCCCUCUUUGUCUUUGAGACAUUUGCUGAGAUCAUUCACUUCAAUGGCAUUACUCUUGCCCGAUGAACGGUUGUGGUCUCCUGCAGAACCGCUACUCAUUACUCCAAACUACAAUUACUCAGUCCACGACAUGAAGAGAUUAUUUGAGGAUAUCGACUAUGCGAUUGGUUAUAACAUGUUCCAAACAGCUAAACAUGCUAUGGAUUAUCUAAAUAGACCAGCUGGCGUGCACAAUGUCUACUGCAUUCACGGAACGGGAGUCGCCACUGUAGAAAAAGCUAUGUACAAACCAGCCACUAGUAGCCGCAAGCCAUUUCCAGAUCAGUUGCCGCAAUUUGUGCACGGUGAUGGGGAUGGAACAGUUAACCUACGGAGUUUGACUGUGCUGAGCACCUGA